AUGGGAGGCGUGGCAGUGGACGCGGGUGCAGAGGGGGUGAAGGCUCCAGACGGCGGGUGGGGCUGGGCGGUGCUGGCCGGCUGUUUUGUCAUCACAGGUUUCUCCUACGCUUUCCCUAAAGCGGUCAGUGUGUUUUUCAAAGAGCUGAUCAGGGAGUUUGGGGUGGGAUACAGCGACACGGCCUGGAUCUCCUCCAUACUGCUGGCCAUGCUCUACGGAACAGGUCCUCUGUGCAGUGUGCUGGUCAACCGCUUCGGCUGUCGUCCAGUGAUGAUGGUCGGCGGCCUCUUUGCCUCUCUGGGAAUGAUCCUGGCCUCCUUCUCCACCAGCAUCAUCCACAUCUACCUCUCUACUGGGGUCAUCACAGGUUUGGGGUUAGCCCUGAACUUCCAACCAUCUCUCAUUAUGCUCAACCGCUACUUCAGUGAGAAACGUCCUCUGGCCAAUGGGCUAUCGGCAGCCGGAAGCCCCGUGGCACUGUGCUGCCUCUCACCACUGGGCCAGGUCCUCCAGGACAAGUAUGGAUGGAGGGGUGGCUUCCUCAUCUUGGGCGGCAUUCUACUCAACUGUUGUGUGUGCGGGGCCCUAAUGAAGCCUCUGGUCGCCCCCAAGGUGUUCAACAAGUCCAAGGUCCUGGAACAAGACAACGAAGAAGGAAAAGAGAAGGAGAAGAAGCCCAAAGCCAAGCUGCUGGACUUCUCUGUGUUCAAAGAUUGUGGAUUUGUCAUCUACACUGUGUCAGCGUCCAUCAUGGUCCUGGGGCUGUUUGUGCCCCCGGUGUUCAUCGUGAGCUAUGCCAAGGAGCUAGGGAACGAGGACACCAAAUCAGCCCUGCUGCUCACCAUCCUAGGCUUCAUUGACAUUUUUGCACGGCCCACGUGCGGCGUGAUUGCUGGACUGAAAUGGGUGCGGCCUCGUUGCGUCUACCUCUUCAGCUUCGCUAUACUCUUCAAUGGAAUCACUGACCUUGUCGGGUCACAGGCCAAGGACUACACAUCACUGGUGGUCUUCUGCAUCUUCUUCGGCAUCUCCUACGGCAUGGUGGGUGCCUUGCAGUUUGAGGUUCUCAUGACAAUAGUUGGCACUAAGAAGUUCUCCAGUGCCAUCGGCCUGGUUCUGCUCAUGGAGGCCGUUGCUGUGUUGGUUGGGCCACCUGGUGCAGGCCGGCUUCUUGAUGCCACCAAGAACUACAUGUGGGUCUUCCUGCUGGCAGGAAGCGAGGUUGUCCUCGCAGCCAUUGUUCUGGCCACUUGCAACUUCCUGUUCAUCAGAAACAAGUCUUCAGCGUCCACGGACAUGCUUGAGAACAUCACAGUGAAGGACGACGCCAAGACAGAGGUUUGCAGCAAGCCUGCAGAGAUGAAUGAGGAAGAGGAAAAGGGAGAAAGAGAGGGGCAAGAGAAGGAGACAAAGAAGGAGAUGAUAAAGGAGGAGGAGACAGACAAAGAGAGAGUAGAGGAGGUCAGGCCAGAGAGUUUAACGGUGGACUCACAGGAAGUGGAACGGUUCUUGAAAGAGCCGCAACAAAAUGGCGACAUGGCUACCAGUCCAGAAACAUGCCUGUGA